AUGAGUAAUUGCCGAUCAGAUCCCGCUGAUCCCUUUGAAGCUCAGCAAGAGCAGCGAUUGGACGACGAGGAGGAAGCCAUUCGCCUCCUUACGCGAUUGGAACGGAGUCUAGACGCGGCUGCUGACGUGGCAGCCGUUGAAACAGCGGUCGCCGCUUUGCUGGCACCCAACGUACGCGCUGGAGCGUCGGCUGUAGCAUCGGCUGUAGUGGAUCGAGCGGCGCCAGUGCUUCCCCCUUCCGCCCACCGCGCUCUGCUCGACCCGCUCUUCCUCUCCGCCCCCCUCCCCUCCGCGCUAGACGCCCUCCUCCCCCUCCUCUCCGCCUCCCCCUCCGCCUACACUGCUUCCGCGGACGAGGAGUUGCUUUGGGGGGAAGAUGGGGGGAGAGGGAUGGGGGGACAUGGGGCAGAGGGAAGUGAGGGGAAGGAUGUUGGCGAUGGUGGUGGUGGCGCUGCUGCUGCUGGUGAUGUGUUGGGUGGAGGGGUGUGUGGUAGAGUGGCGCAGGGGAGGAGGAGCACCAUUGCACGCAAGGAGGCUGAGAGGCUGCUCCUCCUUGCAAUCUUCGGUUCGCCUGACGGCCCAACAGCCGAACCAGUCAAGCCAGGCGCAGAGUGCACGCCUGCAGCUUCUACUCCUGACACGUGUCCAAAUGUGACUGGAGCAGGGAGCUUGGCUGGAGCUGCUGGGUGCAGAGAGACCCUUGUAACGUCAGAGGGCUUGUACAGAUUCUUGGUCCACCUGGAAUCAAGUCGCUGCACGUUAGCAGCGUCAGCCACGUCAGCAUCAUCAUCCACGUCAGCAGCAUCAGCCACGUCAGCAGCAAUGUGGAGAGGAGAGUACAGCGUGGAAAGAGUGGUGUCCCAGCUGGCGUCGGUGACCGAUAGGGCGUCGUCACACGCGCCUUCUGCCCUGCAUGCUCCUCACUUCAUCUCGUCUCUCAUCCGCCAUACUCUCACCACCACCGCCACCAUCGCUGCCUCUCGCUCCUCCUCACCACCUCCCCCUACGCCUCCCUCCCUCCUAACAAGUGUUUCCCCUACCACUAGCAGCAGCGGUAGCAUCAGCAGUACCACCACUAACAUCACCACCACUCACAAGCACACCAGCAAUAUCAGCAGCAGCAGCAGCAGCAGCAGCAGCGGCAACAGCAGCAGCAGCGGCAGUGGCAGUGGCGUUUCCCUAGAGGCGUUUGUAGGGCAGCUGGUGGCAAGGCUGUGCCGCAGAGGGCAUGCAGCGACCGUGGCAUCCGAGCUCGUCCACACAAUCAUCCGACAGCUGGCACACGCCACGUCAGCACCAGCACACAACAGCACCACUUCCAGCAGCAGCAGCAGCAACAGCACCGCCUCUACCACGUGCCACAGCAGUUCCUCCUUACCACAUCUCUCCUCUAUCCACUCCACCAUCAUCACCUCCCUCGCUGCUGCUGACGCCUUCCCGCUUCACCAGCUAGCAGAGGCUCUUCUCUCCCACCUCGCCGCCCUCUCUGCUGCUCUUCCCACCACUGCUCCCACUGCCAGCAGCAGCGGCAGUUGCAGCGGUGGCAGCACCACCAGCAGCAGUAGCAGCAGGAGCGGCAGUGUGCCAGAGACUGUGUUGCAGGUGCUGUUUCAGGGGUUGCUGGCUCAGCGACACCCCCAAGCAGUGUACCUAUUUACUUGUCACCUCCUCACUCGCUCCCUCCUUCCCCUCCCUUGCCUGCCUUGGAUUAUCGCCCUCCUUUCGUCCUCCUCCUCCUGUCACCCCCCUGCUGACGGCUCCUUGGCAAUCGAGCCAAUGGGGCUGUGCCACGUGGCACUUGAGCACGUGCUGCGCAUGUGGAGCUCAGCAGCUCUCGUCCAAUCAGCAUCCAUGGAAAAGCAGAUCUAUGUGACAGCAGCAGCAGGAUUCCUCCUCUCCCUCCCCCGCCACCACAACCCUCAAGCACUGUCCUCAUCCGUGCAUCACUCCCAUCCCCCCAUUCGCCUGCACCCAUCGCUGCUCACGAUGCUUCUCAAGGGGGUCUCCAUGCGAUUGGAAAGUCCCCUCCCGCUGGUGCGCCUGAUGGGGCAGCGCCUUGCCUUCGCCUUCUCAGUGGCUGUCCACCCUGACCGCCCCUCCAUGCUGUUUGGGGAGUUUGCAUAUGAGCGAGGGAUAGUCUCUGGGGGGGAGGAGGGGAAGCGAGGAGGCAGAGGGGGGAGUGGGGUGAGUGAGGGGAGUGCAGCUGCUGUUGAGUCGACUCACGAGGCGGCUAUUGCUGCUGCUCUUGAUUUUGCAACGGGAUGGGACGUUGGGGGGUUGACGGGGCAGUUGUGUAGGGAGGAGAAGAGGGGAGGGGAAGGGGCGAAGGGGGCCGGUGGGGAUGGUGGGGAAGAUGAGAAUCAGGACGUGGAGAAGCGAGGAGAGGAGGGGGAGUUGGGCAAGGAGGAACGGGAGGAGGAUGAUGAGAGUGAGGGAGGGAGCGAGGAAGGGAGCGAGGAGGAGAGUGAGGAAGAGUGGAGUGAGGAGGACUGGGAUGAGGAGGAAGAGGAGAGCGAGGAGGAAUCAGACGAGGAAGAGGAGGAUGAAGGGGGCAUGGGAAUGGGCGUGGCCAUGGGCAUGGGAGUAGGAGUGGGCAUGAGUGGGGAGGGGGGUGGAAUGGCGGCUCCCAUGCAGCUGCGCUACUGUGCAGCAGACCUGAGGAAGGCCGAUGAUGUCAGUGCGAUGGAGCGGGCGCUUCUCUCCCUUGAGCCAAUGAUCCGCUGCCAACCGGACGAGCUGGAUGACGUGGCAGCUGAGCUGGCGCGCUCCCUUAUCCAUAUGCAGUGCCAGUUCCUCUUGGUUGGGGAAGAACCGGAGGGGGAGGGAGGGGAGGAGGGAGAGGAGGAGAGCGGGAGCGAGAUGGGCGAGGAGGGGGGAGAAGGUGAGGUAGAGGAGUGUGAGGUAGAAGAGUGGGGCUCCUUCAGUAAAACGAAGAAGGGCAGCAGGGAAGAAGGAGCCAAGCAACGGAAGGGAGGCAGCGUGCAAGGCGGGGAAGGAAAGGGAGGAGGGCAGAGAGCAGGGGGUGCAGAGGAGAGGAGGAGAGCAUCGCUGGUGGCCCUGGUUGUCUUUUCCCCGGUGGCAUCGCUCGAGGUGCUUCUGGGGGAGGUGUUUUCUGCCCACGUGGAUCUGAGUCAGCGCCUACUCAUCCUGGACGUUCUAGAAGCAGCCGCUAUCGAACUCGCCUCCAACUCCUCCCCCUCUUCCUCCUCCUCCUCUUCCUCAGUUGCUGCUACACUCGCUCCACCCCUCUCGUCCUCCUCCCUUUCCACCUCUCGUUCGCACACUCCCCUGAUAGUUGAGAUUCACACUGGGCCUACCCCUUGGGAUCAUCCGGCACACUCCCUCUCCCCUUCCCCACCUGGUGCUGGUAAUUGGGUUCAGCUGCCCGGGAUUCUGCCCGGAGAUCUCGGGCAGCCUGAGAUGGCGAAGGCAAUGUUAGCAGCAGCAGAUGGAGGAGGGUUCGGCCUGACCGGGCUCGAGGGCAGCUGGACAAAAAGUUUCGCACGGGACCUGCCCCUGCGUCCUGGCGACCGCAUCCUUGGGCAGGAGAAACGAACCUCCAAAGCAAUCGAAUCCGCGAGAGAGAAGCUUCUCGGAAGCAGCGGUCAGAACCAGCAGAUGCACAGUCAGCGCGAUUCGUCCAAAUGUACAGUUCCACGUGUGCGAUUCGCUGACGUGGCAGCGGGGUUCAUGCUGCCGCUGAUGCGAGCGUACGACAGGCAGAGCCACGGGGUGGACUGGGUGGGGCGGGACUUUGUGGUUCUCGCCCGCGUGCUGCUGCUUCUGGGGAAAUGCCUGCGCCUCCUCGCCCCCUCUCCAUCUCUCCUGCCUCUUGUAGCAGCUCUGCUGGAAUUUAUCAACGCCAGUCCCAUCGCCCUGCACCCAGAGCCCUACGUGCAGCGCUGUGCCAUCUUUGCUGCAGCCUCACUGCUCCUCUCGCUGCCCCCUGCUGCCGUCGCUGCCGAAGGCCUCCUCCUCUCCUCUGCUGCUGCUUCUGCGUCUGGAGGCACCGCAACCACUGGAUUUGGCGCUAUUGCUGCUGCUGGCUGUGCUGGGGGUGGUGGUGCUGGAGGUGCAGGCGUGGGGCUGUCAGGGAUGCUGCGAGUGAUGGCUGCAUGGUUGGGAAGGCUGGCGGAGGAGAGCGGGGACGAGCAGACCAAAGCGAUGGCCUUCGGGUGCUUACAGCUGUACGAUGAUUUCGCCAGGGCGUGCCUGCAAGCAGUGCUUGGCGGCACCCCCACGUGA